ACCUCCUGGUGGAACUGAUGUGUGUAAUAAAUAGGGAUGUAUGAUGCUCAAGUUUAGGAGCUAUAGGAAAGUGGGGGGAUAAAGAUGUGUUUUAUGUACAAGGUCACACAGUCUGCUGCUUUCUUCAAGAGGUAGUGAUAAGCUGUGACACUUCUUUAAUAACGUUUGAGUCUAGAGUUCAGGGAAAAGGAGAUGUGUUGCCUUGAGAAGGCAAGCUCUUGGAAUUUGAUGAGACGGGUGAGAAGACUUGCAGAGCUCUUGGUAAAAUGGGGGAGGAAAAGCUAGAAUGUUAAUGGUUGUCUUGGAAGGCAAAAUGAGCAAUUCCUUCAGUCAGAUAAUGCAGUUUGAAUGAUGUGCUUUUGGUCAAGGUCACCUUGUGUGUGGGGGGAUACUGUUCUUGCAAUGAAGAAGCAGUGGACCUUUUUUGCAGGGUUCUUUCUACUUAAGUAUGAGGCAGAUAAACGUGCAAAGGAAGCUUAGGCUACCUGUUCUGUUAGAAUACAUCAAAUAGUAUACAAGGCAUCUGCUCACCUCAUGAAGAUAACUGUUCAAAAGGACUUCAGUUUUGCUGUCAUGGAGGAGUUGGUAGAGGAUGACAUCUGUAUUUUGAACCACGAAAAAGCAGACAACGCUCAUAAGAGAGAUGGGGAGAUUCCUGUUUCAUCUUACAGUGGAGAUGAGUCUGUUGCCUCACACUUUGCACUUGUCACUGCAUAUGAAGAUAUCAAGAAACGUCUAAAGGAGACAGAGAAGGAGAACUCACUCUUAAAAAAAAGAGUGAGAAUUCUAGAAGAGAAGCUGCUUGGCUCCCGACUGGAAGAGGAAUGCAGUUCAGUUGGACGUGAACAAGUAAAUAAGGCAUACCAAGCCUACAGAGAGGCCUGCAUUGACCGAGAUAAUCUGAAAAGCAAACUGGAUAAGAUGAUGAAAGAAAGUGCGGAAUCCUUGAAAACCUUGAAUGAACAGUUGCAGUCUAAAGAAGUAGAGCUGUUACAACUAAGAACUGAAGUGGAGACUCAACAAGUGAUGAAAAAUCUGAAUCGUACUCAGUCCAGCUGGGAAUUAGAGAAGCUGAGCAGUGACCUGGAAGUCCAAGGUCUGAAGCAGGAUCUAGAAAAGCUCAAGCAAGAGUACAACCUUCUCCAAAAGGAGUUGCAAAACUACAAGCAGAAGGACCAGGCUCAAGAUGAAAAUCCAUUAAAUGGAGGCCUUCUUCAAAGUGUGCAACAAGCAUAUUGGGACCUGAAGAGAGAAAUGUCAAAUUUACGUCUAGUGACUGACACGCAAGCUGAGGUUCUACGCAAGCUGAAAACGAACCCAACAACGACCAAGAAAGCUGCCCCUGCUGCACCAGUACAAUAUGUUGACUCGAACAUUUCGAAGCUGAAUUUGACAUCUGGGGUAGCCUAUAAAAAACUCUCACAAAGUGAUAAAGCACUCUGCAACGCUGUGUCUCCCCCUCUGCCGAGAGAUGUAAAAAUCCCAUCUGAAAGGGUGACUCUACAAGCAUGGACAGAUGAGAGACCCGUUCCAGUUGACGGCAAAACGUUUCAGGAGCACCAUUCUUACGGAAAGAGCUCUCUGGAAGAUAAUUCCUGGGUAUUCCCAAGUCCUCCAAAGCCUAAUGAGAAUGUCUUUUGGGAAAUGAAAAAUAAAACCACCUUGUUAAACUGUCCAGCAGAUUACCUGGAUCAGUGUAAUCAAAACUGUUUGCCCAAGAGCUAAACAAUUUUUAGAAUGAACUGAGGCUUUUUUAGAAUGGUUCUGAAUAGGCACCUUAAUGCUUGAACUCUUAAAGAGGGAAAACAAAUUACCUGAAAUGUCCUUUCUUUAGUUUUGAAACAGAAAGCCUAGUCUUCCUCUGCUGUAAAUCAGGAGCAAGUUCCUUGAAGUUAAAGCUGUGCUGAUAUAAUGUAAAUAUAAAGAAAUCUAGUAAGGGGCCUAGAUAGUUGUGUACUGCAAAUGGCGUACGUUUGCAAAAGAUUACACUGAAAAGUGAGUUCUUGGAAUAAAACAAAGUAAUCCAGUUCUGUAUUUGUUUGCUAUUUGUAUGUUAUCAAGAAAAUACUUGGUAUCCUGUGUUAAAACUUGUACCAGCUCGGAGUUUAUGGUUUUACAGGGUGGUUUUUUCCAGAGUAGGACGUACAGCAAAGAAUUGGAUUAUCUCUCCCUUCCUCCUUUCAGUGAACUUUCUGAUUCCUCUGUUUCAGAAAUGCAUUUUUUUACAUAAUUUUUAACCAGGAAAGGUGAGAGUUUUUUGGGGGGUGCGUCAAAAUCUUGAUUUAUGUUAGAUAUAGUGGCAGAGAGAAAAACCACUCUUAGGCUGUCCUGUUUAGAUGGCACCACUUUGGGCCUUAAUGUGAGUUACGAGUAAUCAUGAGUAAUGCUGCUGAAUGCUGUGAAUCCUGGAUGUUCAGCUUGUUUCCUUCAGUUCACGCUGUAGGAAACAGACUUAAUUCCGUGCACGGCAGUGCCCGCCAGAGUCAUCCUGGUCACAGCACAGUUCUCCUCCUUGUGCCUCCUUUACACAGCACCAGAACCUUGACUUUGUAUUCGUGUGGUGGUGAAGGCUACUGACUUUUCUUUUAUUAAAGAAACAAAGCCUUAAUUUAAUCGGACUAGGUGUUGUAGCAUUGUUGACACACAUCAGAAGUAUUUUUGUGGUAUCUUUAGUAUGCCACUACGAACUAGAGUUAAUUUGAAUUGCAGCUGUCUGCUUUAUAGAUUAUGGGUGUCUGAGUACUAUCUUUUUAUUCUCUUAGGCCAAGAACUGUCUUUAGACAAACACAAUUUAUGCCUUUUUUUUUUUUUAAACUGCUCUGCUUCAUAUCUGGCUUAGUGCAACAGGGUUAAGUGAAAUGCCUUUGACUGCUCCAUACGUUGAAGAAAAAUGCUUUGUGUGUUAGAUCCGCGAUACCUAACUUGUAACGGGUGGGAAGAUACUAAAUAUGUUAUUUAUAGAUGGGUGGGUGGGUGAAGUAUUCAACUUCACAGGUCCAGCUUAAGAUCAGUGUAAUAAAAAUUAAUCUCUCAGUUUUUUAUUAGCAAAUUAUCUUAAAAUUGCUCUUAAAAUACGUGAGGAAGCUAUGACUGUAGCGCAGUCGUAGUAAUGAUGGGCUGUAAAAGUGUUACCAAGGUGCUACAUGACCUGUGUGGUUCCAGACACUUUCCUCCCUGCGGAGUGAGUCCUUCAUGUGAUGCCCAUGUUCUCUCUUUCAGUUUGUCUAUCAAAGUUGAAAAAAUGCCUUCCCGAUACCUUCUUCUGUAUUAGUGAACAGCAUACAUAAAUAAUGUUUCCCAUUCACCAGAUAUUGUUUUUAUCUUUCUAUUAUCUUGCUCACGUAUCCUGGCUUGUCUGUGUGAUUAAUGGAAAUGGUGUCAGAUGCUGGAAUUUAUUCUGACCAAUGAACACAGCUGACUCAGGGGAGUACAAUCUCUUGGAAAGUAAUAGAACAAAACCCAAUAUGCAUAAAACAAAUCCAAGUCACUAGGCUUUCGCUGAUAGAACCAACUACCUGUGUAAUAACAAAGCAGCAGAAAACAUUUCUCAUGUGGCUGCAGAAGCUGUAUGGUAUCUAGUUCUAAUGUAGCUUACUUUUGGGGGUUCCCCACGUCAACGUGACGGAGUUUUUUGGGUUUUUUUUAUUAAAAGUAAUGUAUUAUCCAAUGGACAUCAAUAUGAUUAAUACUUUGAUUUGUGCAAUGAAGGAAUUCUACUGUGUAAGAUUUCUAAUAAAUUUAUUUUUGCUUGAAA